CCCCACCCUGUAAGCCUGACUUAUUUCAUAGCUGCAGGAGUCAUUGGUUCAGAACUUUGUGACUGAAUACAGCAAUUCAGAAUGUCAGCAUCAGUCCGCAGACCAGAACACAAAGCACCACCAGAAAUUUUCUACGAUGAAAAGGAAGCGAGAAAGUACACAUCCAACACGCGGAUGAUGGAGGUGCAGGAGAAGAUGACGGAGCGCGCGCUGGAGCUGCUGGCGCUGCCGGAGGACGUGCCACACCUGCUGCUGGACCUCGGCUGCGGCUCGGGGCUCAGCGGCGAGACAAUAACCGAGGCCGGCCAGAUGUGGGUCGGCUGCGACAUCUCACCCGCCAUGCUCGACGUGGCCCGGGAGCGGGAAGUGGAUGGGGACGUCCUGCUGAACGACCUGGGCCAAGGCCUGCCGUUUCGGGCGGGCGCGUUCGAUGGAGCCAUCAGCAUUUCGGCACUGCAGUGGCUCUGCAACGCCGACAAAAAGGACCACGUGCCACCCAAACGGCUCUACAAGUUCUUCUCGUCGCUCUACGGCUGUUUGGGCCGGGGCGCGCGCGCCGUCUUCCAGUUCUACCCGGAGAACUCUGCGCAGGUGGAGAUGAUCACCUCCCAGGCCAUGAAGGCCGGCUUCACGGGUGGCCUGGUGGUCGACUACCCCAACAGUACCAAGGCCAAGAAGAUGUUCCUGGUGCUGAUGACGGGCGGCGCGCAGCCGCUGCCGGCCGCGCUCGGAGAGGACGGCCCCGCCAACACGGUCGUCUAUACCAAACGGGACCGGAUGCGACAGAUCCGCGGUAAGCCGCCCAAGAGCUCGCGCGACUGGGUCAAGGAGAAGAAGGACCGCCGUCGCCGACAGGGUAAGGAGGUGGCACGCGACUCCAAGUACACCGGGCGGCGGCGGGCCGGCGGCUUCUGAGGGACGGGAGGGAGGGGAGCGGUGGCCUUGCGUGUGCUGUGUAAUGUAAUGUAUUGCGCCGCGUGCGGUGUCCGAGCGCGAUGUCCAUAGGUCUGCUGACGAAAAGCAGAUGAUUAUGAUGUGUCCGGUGACACGACUUUGCAGAUGUUGACGGUCGCUGCAAUAAUAAAACGGCCGGGUCCUGAU